GGGGCCUCCUGCUGACCAGGUCCGUGUCCACCCCCAGGUGCCACUCCUGAUGACGCCACCGCCACCACCGUUUCCCCCUCCUCCACUGUCAGCUGCCAGGCACGCCCCGGAGGAUGGAAUGAGGGGCUCGGGUUUCAGGAGCCCCACCCUAGAGUCUCCCAGCCCAGCCUGGCCUGACCAGCAUGACCCACUUCUGCCGAGGGAGCAGAUAACCUGCGCAGCACCCCCAAGGGUCACCACCGACGCCACUGCCGUCCCCGCGGGAGAGGAGAUGGCGGCGGGGGACGCCCCAGACUGCCUGGCCGCGCUGCACCUGGACAGGCUGCCCUCGGGCGACCUCGAUUGGCUGGUGCCCACGCAGGACGAGCGCGGCCGACCCAUCCCAGAGUGGAAGCGGCAGGUGAUGGUGCGGAAGCUGCAAGCCCGCCUGGGCGCAGACCCCGAAUCCCAGGCCCAGGGCGACAGCGGGAGCGAGGGCCCCGCGGAGCAGGCGGCCUGGCGGUACUCGCAGACGCACCAGGCCAUCCUGGGCCCCUUUGGGGAGCUGCUGACCGAGGACGACCUGGUCUACCUGGAGAAGCAGAUCGCCGACCUGCAGCUGCGCCGCCGCUGCCAGGAGUACGAGAGCGAGCUGGGCCGCCUGGCGGCCGAGCUGCAGGCCUUGCUGCCCGCGCCCCUGGUCAGCAUCACCGUCCACAGCCGCUUCCUGCCCCGGGCGCCCGGCCCCGAGGGUGAGGAGGCUCCCGCCCCCGCGGCGGAGCCCAAGGGCCCCUCGGGGGCCUCGGAGGCGGAGCGCGGCGAGCAGCCCCUGCCCUUCUGGUGCGGCCACGUCGCCCGGCUGGUGCGCAGCAUGUCCCUGCUGCUGAAGGGCAUGAACGGGCUGGUGCAGGGCGAGGGGAGGCCCCCGCGGGAGACCCACGCGGAGGCCCCCGCCGGCCCCCCGAGAAGCGAGGCGCAGCGCGAGAUCCAGCAGUGCGGCGUGUCCGUGCGAUCCCUGCGCGGCAACUUCGAGUCCGCUCCGGGCCCGUCCUGCGCCCCAAACCCGGGCCCCUGGGAGCCGGGGGCCCCGCCCCCGCCCGGGCGGUGCCCGAGAGGCUGCCGGCCCGCAGCCCCGCAGCCCCACAGCAGCCCCGCGGGAGGGGCGCCCGCGCCGGGGGACGCAGAGGAGGCCAGCGACCCGGGCGUCGGCUGCGAGGAGGCCCCGUCGGAGGCGGGGGCCGCGCCCGGCGCCCACCUGGCCAGCCUUCGCAAGGAGCGCAUCGUGAUGCUCUUCCUGAGCCACUGGAAGAAGUCGGCCUACGCGCCGGCCCUCAAGGCCGCGGCCUGCAGGACCCUGGAGGCCCGCCGCGCCGCGCCGCCGCCGGCUCGGGAGGCGGCGGCGGGGAGCCCUGGGCUGCCGCCCCCACCGCCCAGCGAGGGCCCCCGGCUGGGCCACCUGUGGCAGCAGCGCCACGUCAUCGCCCACCUGCUGGGCAACUGGAAGGCCAUCAUGGCACACGUGCCGGCCCGGCAGCUGCGGCGGCUGAGCCGGCGGCCCCGUGGGCCGCUGUCCCCCGAGCAGUUCCUGCCCCACGUGGACGGGGCGCCCGUGCCCUACGGCGGCCUCACGCUGGACCUCUUCAUGCUGGGCUACUUCCGGCUCCUGGAGUGCGAGCUGCCGGCCGAGGAGCGCAAGAUGCGCCACCUGCUGUGUUUCGAGGUCUUCGAGCACCUGGGCGCCCACGGCUGGGACGCGGUGCGCGCCUUCCACAAGGCCGUGACCGACGAGGUGGCCGCCGGCCGCCGCGCCUGGACCGACGGCUUCGAGGACAUCAAAGCCCGCUUCUUCGGCUCCAGCCGAGGUCCCGCCUGGGACGCGGAGCCCGGCCGCAAGUCGGGGCUGACGCCCCUGGGGCCCCUGCCCCCCGCCGCCGCCCCCAGCAGCAGCGCCGAGCCCCCCGCGCAGAGGCCGGGGUCCGGCUGCCAGCGGGGCAGCUUCAACAGCGAGGACAUCUGUGGCUACAUCGACCGCAGUUUCGCCUUCUGGAAGGAGAAAGAAGCCGAGAUGUUCAGCUUUGGAGACUGAGACCGGCCGGCAGCCUGCCUCUGGGAGUGGGGCGUGGGAAGGGGUUCUGGCUCUCCCUGCUCGUUUCCUUUGCCCCCCGCCUGGUGGCCGGGUGGGCCCCGAGGCCGGGCUGGCCGACACUCCACACGACACUCACUCGCUGUGCCGACGGCCACGUCCAGUCCCACCCCUGCCGGGUUCCACCCCUGCUAUGCGAGUCAGUUUCAGUUUCAGUUUCAGAAUCCUCACCAGGGACGGAGGAGCUGUCUCUGCCUCCCAGCCGGCCCUGAGGUUAGAGGCCUUGCCCUCCAGCUCCAGGCCGUCGCCCCGGUGUCCUCCAGGCCCCUGGGAUGCUGGCCCUGGUUUCCCCUCGGGCUCUCCUUCCAGGGCCCAGUAGCCUGCUGUCACGCCCCUCCGCGUCUCCAGCACCGGUGGCUCCGGCCACGUCCACAGCCUUUGUCUGCCUCCUGCCGACCUUGGGCCAUGCCUUUUCACCUCCCCAGGCCUCUGUCUCCGUCGUGAGAUGACAGAGCUGGGGGUUGGAGAGAAUGGGAUUUGACUCAAUGGGCCAGCGGCUUUCCCGUCAGGCCUUCCCGAAUUCUCUGGGUCAGAGACAAGGCCCACGGCGGUCAGUAUAGCCCCACUGACAGACUCACGUUCUGCUGCUGUGCCCUGCUCCCCCCGGGGCGCUCCAGAGGACCCGGGCCCCGAAAGGAAGCCUCCCUUGGGCCUCCUGUCCUCUCCUCCAGCUAACCAGCUGCCCUGGCCACACGGCCCAAGGCAGCGGCAGGGCCCCCCCUGCAGGCUCGGGGGAGCAGGGACAUAAGGGAUUUUUCGCAGAGAACCAGUGUCUGAAGGAGACUCUGGGCACAGGCGGCUGUCACCCCACCCUCAGAUGUGCGCUGUUAGAUCAGAGAACAUACAGAUGGAAGGUUCCGAGGCACAGCCACUUCCUGUGUGGCCCCCCCUUCCCGUGUCACCCGCACCCUCCUCCCUCAGAGGACAGCCCAGGUGCUGCAGGGUGUUGAGCGAACAUGGCACCGGGGGCUCUAGGGACAAGCCCCGAAUGGCUGGCCGCGGAUGUGAUUUGGCCCCCGGAGGGUGGCCCGCACCCAGGCCAUGGGCCCGAGGCGGGCUGGCCCAGAGCGAAGGGAGCUUGGGGGGAGGAGCACAGGACAGUUGUGCCUGCCCCAGCAGGCAGUGUGUGUGUGUGUGUGGGGGGGGGGUUCCAGAACUUUCCUCUGGGAACCGCCUCCUGCAGUCACACCUCCUGGGACAGAGGUCCCCUGCAGGGUCCUUGCCUGCCUGAAGAGCCUGGUGGGUGGCAGGCUCACUGCUGGAUGGAACACACAGCCGGACGCCCAGGGGAGGGGGGAGGGGGAGGAGCCGCUGGCUCAGGCUCUGUGCCCUCCCGGGGACCCGGCCCACACGUGAGUUCGCGAAUAAAGACCCCCGUUCCCAGCCGGCCUUCA